AUGCUCGCGAUUGAUGCACAAGUUACAUUCGGGUCCGGUAAAAAUCCCGAUUUUCCCUUGGGCGCUGAAUACAGCAGUCCUACGGAAUUCACGAACAACCACGAAAAGGACUUCACGAAAUACCGGAAUCAACCUGCGGAAAGUAGUCCUGCGACCGGCAGCGACAUAAAAAAUGGCGCAGCAAACAAUUUGGCUCGCAUUGAACACGUUUCCGGGUCGCACGUGACGAUUGACUACUCACCCACGCUCCAGGACCAGAAGCUUCUUCGGGAGACAAAACCCGGGGUUUCCGGGACAUUCGUCGUUCGCUACGACGUGGAUCAUUCUCCGAUCGGCGAGCUUUAUGUCGUUGAUGGAUACUUCGUUCACUAUUUGGCACCCGACGCAACUCCUUACAAACCAAUGCCCAAACACGCGGUCUUCGUCAUUGACACCAGCGGAUCCAUGUUUGGCUUUAAAAUGGAGCAAACCAAGGACGCCAUGAAGACCAUCAUCAAGGAAUUGACGAUCAACGAAGAUUACCUAUCAAUCGUCACUUUCAGCUCUGGUGCGAGGACGCAAAGGUACGUCAACCUGUCGAGGUGUUGGUAG